AUGAAGUUUUUCAACUCUAUAUUCCAUCCCUUCUAUGUUCAACAUUGGUUAGCUCAUCAUAAACAUGUUAUCAUCGACACGAAACACAUUGGUGAGCAUGGAGAAUGUUCAGAGCAUCUCCGACUUAAAACACUAAAACAGUAUCCCAAGAACACAGCGGCCUUAUUGAAUUCUUCCAUGGGUAUGGACGGAAAUAUCUAUGGGUUGAUUUAUCAAUAUGCACUGCUUGUCUUCACUCCUCUGCCAUACUGUGGACUUGUAUUCUGGCAUGACAAACCAUGGUGUCUCCUUACUUAUCUAAUUCCUUCAUUACUAUUACCCCUUUCCACUAGUUAUCAUAAGUAUCUGCAUAUGUCUGAUGUUUCUCGACAAAAAAAAAUUCCUUGGUGCUUUCGAUGGUUACUGUCAGAAGCCGGGGAUCAAGUCGUCAAAAAACAUUUCAUGCAUCAUUACUUGAACAAUGAUUGUAAUUGGAACUUUAUUAUAUUUGCAGAUACGAUUACCAAUCUGUUCGACGGAGCCACUACGCGAGAGAGACAACCGAUCGUUAGUGAAACAUCAACGGCAACAUUAAUAAGUAUAGCAACAGCUCGACGAAAUGGACAUGUCAAUGGUUCACAAUUAUUUGGAUAUGCAUCGACAGAGACACGUGGAUGUCUGGUCAAAGCAUUUGAUGAUGAUUUUCGUAUGAAAAUCGAUGGAUUGAAAGUAGCAAUGCAAGAAGAUCGUGAGAAAGGUCUUGUUCCCUUUUGUAUUGUUGGCAAAGCAGGGACAGUGAAUACAGCUGCAUUUGACAAUCUGGUUGAGUUAUCUGCCAUUCGUCGUGCUGAAAAUAUUUGGUUGUGUUCUCAUCUUCAAUCGACAUUUGGCGUUCAUCAGACUUAUUUGAUGAAGACGAUCCGAGAUUUUGCACCUGAUGAUCUGUGGUUUUGUGGCCUAGGUCCUGAGUUGUCUCGUUCAUUUCGUGCACUGAAAGUGUGGUUCACAUUCAAAGAACAUGGUAUUGACAAACUUGGGCAGAAGAUCGCAGACAAUUGUGAGCAAGCACAAUACUUUGCUCGAUUACUUGAGAAACAUGCAGAUAUCAUUCAUGUUCUUCGUCCUAUCACAUUGAACACUGUUAAUUUUCGAGUUAUACCAAAAGAACUGGAUGGAGAUGAUCAUGAAAUCAUUGAUUAG